AUGGCCGUCGCGGUGCCUUCGUCGCUGCCGAUGAAGCUCUGGAGGACGGAGCCCCGCGGCAAGGCCGCGGCCCCGGGGCCCGACGACCCCGUCCGCGUCCUGGUGACGGUGACCGUCCUCGGGAGCGCCGGCCCGCUGCGCUUCAUCGUGCUCGAGGGCGACACGGUCGCCGCGCUCAUGCGCGCCGCGCUCCGCUGCUACGCCCGCGAGGGCCGCAUGCCGCUGCUCGGCACCGACCCCGCCGGCUUCGUCCUCUCCACCGCCAACGGCGGAUCCGGCGCGCUCAAAGAAGAAGAGAAGAUCACCUUCAACGGGUGCCGGAGCUUCCUGCUCUGGCAGAAGGAUGCGGUCCAGGGUGCCUCCAACCACGCCGGGCCCGACGCUUUGACGGCAACCCCGAGCCCCGGCAGGAAGGGCAGCGGUGGAUUCAAGGUUACUCCGAGCCCUGGCAGGAAAGGCAGCGGCGGCUGGAAAGCUGGCCUGAACAAGUUUCUCCUCAGCUUCAGCAUCAAGGUGUGA